ACAAUAGGCAUCGGAUUGGAUGUUUAUGGGCAAUACUAUGCAUUAGGGCAAAAUAAUGGCGGGAACCAUUGGAGCGACAGCGCCUUGUAUUUUCUGUGAGAUAGCAACCAACUCCAAAUCCCAUACAAUUCUCCACUCAGAUGAUAAAGUUGUUGCUUUUCGGGACAUCAAUCCAUCAGCUUUCAGGCAUUACUUAGUGAUUCCUGUGAAGCAUAUUCCUACAGUUAAUGAUCUUCAGAGAAAUACCGAAGAUUAUUCUUUGGUGAGUCAUAUGUUAGAUGUGGGAAAAAUGUUAUUACUCAGAGAUGCACCUCACUCAAAGCAGUACAGAUUUGGUUUUCAUCAGCCUCCAUUGAACUCUGUUAACCACCUACAUCUUCAUUGUUUGGCGCUACCGUAUACGCCCAGAUGGAGAUGUAUGAAGUAUUUGCCUUUUGGUCCAAUUGGUUUCAUUGAAGCAGAGAAGUUUCUUGAAAAGAUAAAGCCUGUGCCCGGAGUUCAUUCAAAAGUAUAAAAAAUUAACAUGAAAUUGCUGUUUAAAGUUAUUCUUGGCUUUUCGUAUUUCCGGAAAGAUGCUUAUUAUACUGGCUCCCAUUAAAACUCACCUCUGUUAAAUUUUUUGGUGAGCAAAAGUUAGAGUUAUGGCCUCGAGUCCAUAGAUCAUUAUGCAUAAUACGAUAUCUUACUUGACAUUUAAAUGGUGAACAGUUAAUAAUAAUGGUAACUGCUAUAUAUUAUAAUAGAA